GUCACUGAAUGCGGAUUAGAUGACUGGAAAUAUAUCGAUAUUUCUACAGACUUCCCUGAAAUAACAUUUUCCGUCCUUGUGAUCUCACCCAUUCCACAAGGAACUCGAAAGCGAUUCUAGGUUAUCUACACUUGAGAGGGGCAUGGCUGCCGUUACAAACGACGGAAUCCGAGAGUUAACGACGCGCACCGAGAAAUUAUCGAUUACUUCCAUUAACAAGAGCACAAAACAAUUCAAGGCACAAAUCAAAGAACUGGAUAAACAGUAUGAGACGAUGCAACAACAACUGGAAGAUCUACAGUUCAUUCUCGAGGUCAUUCUGAAAUGGGACGAGGACUUCAAAAAAGUGGUCAGAUUCAGCCAAGGUGUGCCUCACAUGAGGAGCACAAAGGAAAUCUGCGCUAAUAUCAAGACGGCUAUGAUUCCUAGCAGCGAGUUUGACCGUACAGUACAGAUUCUUGUGAGGGAAGGAGUGCCUUGUUUCUCUCGGGUGACCGGGCUAUUUGAAACGAUGAAAUCCCGCCUAGAUGAGAGGUCACCAAACGCCAAGUUUUCAGAGGAGAUGCGUCAGCUACUGGGAGAAUUAAUCGGUACUUUGUGUACAAUCAUGAAUUUCUUUUACGACCAGGAGGUGUAAACUGUUAUAAGUCUUACAAUGUUUCAACCGUUCAAGUGCCGCAUACUGGACUGGGGGGUAGGGAGAGUAAUGUUCAUUGAAGCAUUUUUAUCCCUACCCCUCUUAGUAAGCGUUUUAAUAUAUGGCAAGGAAUGCUGUGUCACAGUGUUUGACAAUAUUGAAGACUGACGGGUAAAUAUUGAAGUUAUCUCUUUACAUUGUUUUGCACUUAAUAUGUCUAAAAUCAGACCAGCCGUAGAGUGCGGGCAGUCUUUGUUCUUUUUUUUUUGUCUUGGUUAAUUGAGAAAGAUGUAAAUGAUCAUUGUCUUCUGUAGCCACUUUUCUCACUCAUGGAGGUUGUUUUGCGCUGUCUGUGAAUAGAGUGACUCGUAUGAGUGCUAAUUUGACGCAGCCAGGGAAGAUUGCGUGACAUGACGAAAUGACUUGGCAGACAGACCGAUCGAGAUAGUCACUCUGCACGAAAUUGAAAUAGAUAAUUGUCGGUUUAAAAAUACUCGGAACGUGAGUCACGUAAUUUUGUUGUGAUAUUUCUGUCUUUUUCAAUGCGAACAAGUCAAACAUCUAGUCUCUCUGUUCUUUUUAUGUAUUGUUAAUUUACGUAUUGUCCUUGAACAUUGUCGCUGUUAUUAUGCGCAUUAGUUAUGAAUUCAAUUAGAUAUUAAUUUGAAUACAGUAUUAGAGAAUUCAUCUAGGUCCCGGCGGUGAUAUGUCUAGAUGUAAAAAUAAUACCACUCAGCAUAAUCCGAUAUUAAAAUCUGAGAAUUAAGAACAUCUGUGGUUUUUUUGUUGCAAUUUCCGCUGGGUAUUGAGCCAAAUUCAUUCAGUCCACAAACAGGCACUCGCUAAAUUAAAGUGCUCGCUUCAUGAGUAGACUUCCGUGACGAAUGCACUGAACUUAAAGACUUUAAAGUCAAUAACCGCGGAGUUCGAUAACGAAGGCUCACAAAUAGAAUGGCGUUGAAUUAUCACUUGUUGUUUAAAGUGUUGCUCGUCGGUGAUCCAGAAGUCGGCAAGGCCGCGAUAUUGCAUCAGUCGGGCAACGAAUCUUCGUGCCCGUCGACAGUUGGUGUAAAUUUCCUUAAAAGGACGCUGGAACUGGAUGGAAAGCGAAUAAAAUUGCAGAUAUGGAAUAUUGCAGGACAAGAAAGCUCCCAGGCCUCGUCGACCAGUUACUAUCACGGGACACAAGGGUUCAUUCUGGCCUAUGACGUCACCGACAGAGCGUCGUACGACAAAAUCCUGGAUUGGCUGAGCAUUAUCGAGCAUCAUGCCAGCGAACAGGACUUUCAGAGGAUUCUGGUGGCCAACAACUGCCGGUCUAACGAAAGAAAACGCGAGAUCACAAAGAAAGAGGGCGAGAAAUUCGCCCGGGAAUACGGCAUGCGAUAUGCAGAGAUCAACGACCUGCAAAGCUUAGAGAUUGACGAAGUCCUUAAGUUGCUUAUUCAAGAUAUCUUAAGCCACACCGGCUCACAAGAGGAAAUGGAGAAAGAAAGGGCAGUUUCCGAAGACUUUGGCCCAAGACAUCAUGGCAUCAAAAUUGAGCAAGACGAAGAAUUGCUCCUAGGUUGAUCAUUCGUGUUAAGAUAAUUUUUUAAACUUAGAUUUUUUGAGCUGUAAAUCCAGCUCGAAACGUGUAAGGUAGCUCUGAAGGAAGUUACGCCAUGUCAAGCGUAGAAUUUGUGCGCGUGCGCACUGAUCAUUGGAAAUCUAAAUUCAAUUUUUAUAGCGGACAUUUAAUCAGGUGAUGCUAUCGCUCUAAAACUUUUUAUUAACCAUUACCUGCGUGACAGGAAAAUGAAUACGGUAAGUAAGAAUGAGAGCAUUUUCACUAGAUAUAAUGGGAGAGAGAGGAACUUAUACUCCUCAAGCCGCUGCCAUGCAACAUGCUCUAUUACAUUCUUGCUCCGAUCGAUAUUUACAUGCUUAUGUGUUUCACCGAUUGGUCAUAUGGGAACGUGUUUAAAACAAGAAAUGGCACUUAACAGUGUGGGAUACGGUAAACCCUUACAAUUAUUGAGGGCUAAGGCUAAGUCAGUGCUAUUUAGGGUAAUCAGAGCGCUAUAUAUUCAGGCUAACCUGAGGGCUAUCUAGGCUAACCUGAGCGCUCUUUAGGCUAACCGGAGCGCUCUUUAGGCUAACCAUUGCGCCAUUUCGUCAUUUUGCCAUUUUUUUUUUAAACCUGCCCGUCAUAUGAUUUACCGCCUGAUCCGAAUAUCUGUGUCGUUGUGCGUUGGAGACAUGAUAGCUUAAUAGCUGGAGUAAGAUGAAUUUUCAAAGCAGUCUUUGUAAUUACUAAUAGUUAUUUUUCAUAGAGGACAAGGCGCGCAAUGCAUGUAGGAUGAAAACACUCUUCACCUCUCCCCAUAUAUUCUGCAGGCAGAUUUACAAUCCUCAUAGUGUGAAUACUGUAGGAGAAGCGAAGGGGAAGCUGGACAAACGGAGACAGAAAUGUAAUACCUUUAAAAAGAGCGAUCUUUAAAAUGUUCCAGAGAAUUUAGGGAAACGUAUAUGAUAUAUUUGUAUAAGCCUGGUUCAAAACAUCAAUUAGGUGUAUAACGUAAACAAUGAUGUUAUAGAUUGCAAUAUGCAAUGUCAAGAUUUCGAAUUUAGGAUACGAAUAAACUUUGUAUAAGUAUCUGCCAUUAGAAGAA